AGUGUGAAAACUGAAUUCUAUGGCAUGGAAACUUCCGUUGGCUCCAAGUUUUUGCGAUGGCUUGGGUCCCACAAUUUUCCAGACCUUGGACCUCAAGCAUCCAACUUUAUUUUAGGCUUCCAGUCAACUCCCCCCAUGGCCGCCAUCUCCUUUGAUUGGCUCUUUCACCUUCGGAACACAGACCUCACCAUAGUUUCUCCAAAACAGACAUACAUCUCCAAAACCCAAGAAGACACAGUCAGUGUACGACACGAAGAGAAGCUUUCCAGAUGAAAGGGAGAGAUAUGGAGAAAAAGUUUUCAGAGGCAGCAAUGGAAGGAAACGUCUCGACCCUUAAAGAAUUGCUCUUAGAAGACCCUCUAAUUCUCGACAGAACCAUCGUUUCUUGCGUAUCAGAGACUCCCCUUCACGUAACUUCCAUGCUGGGCCACUUGGCUCUGACCAAGGAGUUGCUGAGUUUGAAGCCCGAGUUGGCCUCCGAGUUGGACUCGCACGGAUCUUCGCCGCUUCAUCUGGCGUCGGCGAAAGGGCACUUGGAGAUAGUCAAAGAGCUGCUGUUGGUGGAUCCCGAGGCUUGCUUGGUGAGGAACCAGGACGGGAGGACGCCACUCCACCUGGCGGCGCUUAAGGGGCGAGUUAUGGUGGUGAGUGAGAUGGUCCGAGUCAAAUCUGAAUCGACUCUUGUGCUUACGGACCGAGGUGAGACGGUGCUGCACCUGUGCGUGGGGAAUCAUAAUAGGUUGGAGAGUUUGAGAGUGUUGUUUGAGGCUGUUGGGAAAGAGAUUGAUUUGGUGAAUUGGAAGGACUGCGAUGGGAAUACUAUUUUGCACAUUGCUGUGGCCAAAAAGCAUAUUGAGACCAUAAAAUUCUUGCUUGCUCAUACUGGUGUGGAUGUAAACGCAUUGAAUAAAAAUAACUCUACGGCAUUAGACAUUCUGAUUGGGAGUCCCAGAGAUUUGAGGGAUAUGGAGAUUGAGGAGUUGCUUCAAGGUGCUGGUGCUUUAACUGCAAAAGAUAUACCUUCUAUUGUGCAAGACUGGGCUCCAACAAAAGUUCCUCAGAUAACAAGAUCUCUAACCUCACCACUAUUGUCAAAAAGGAGUAGUGAGACAAAGAAGCCAGUAGCCAAACAGAGAGAUUCUGAUUGGCUAGGUAGGAAGCGAAGUGCAUUGAUGGUGGUGGCAUCUCUGAUUGCAACUGUAGCUUUUCAAGCUGGAAUAACCCCACCAGGAGGAGUUUGGCAAGAUGACCUUAAAGUGGAUGAUAAUGGGAACCCUGUAGAGAAACCUCACUCUGCUGGAACAUCAGUCAUGGCAUAUACAGACUCAUUUCAGUAUGGCCAGUUCAUGAUUUUCAACACAAUUGCUUUCCUCGCAUCUCUAAGCAUAAUUCUUCUACUUGUCAGUGGAUUACCAAUAAAGCGUCGGAGAUGGGUGUGGAUUCAAAUGGUAAUAUUGUGGGUAGCAGUUACUGCCCAAGUAGUAACUUACUUUAUUGCCCUACGUUACAUGUCACCAGAACUUGUUCAAGCGCAAAUUAUGCUACGUAAGGUGACUGAGAUUUCAGUCCUAACAUGGUUGACAUUAAUGGCUGUUGUUUUUAUAGGCAAUAUCCUUCGUAUGAAUUUAUGGAUUCUCAGGAAGUAUGGAUAUCUCAAGGAAAAAGAGGCAGUGCCUCAAGCUGCAACUGAUGAUGAGAAUGAAGAAGUUUGAGGCGAGAGAAAAUUUUCUUCCUUGUUUUGGUGUAGACAGUAUAUAGCCAAUCCUGUUCUUCUUGCUGUAGUGUCGUUGAUAUCUCAGAUUGUCGCUCAUUGGUGUGAACAGUUAUUGGAUUCAUAGAUGUCUUGUUGCAGUAUGCUUCACGUGAUAUGGAUGUUGAUGCAGUCUUUUGUCAAGAUUUGCUGCAGAUCAGGCAUUGUUCUUUUCUCAUAGAUGCCUAAAGGAAGUCUAUCUUGAUGCUGAUUGUUGUUGGAAUGGGUUAAAUACACUGCGCCGUGAUCUUUCUUUGUGAACUCUACAUCUGUGUGUCGAGUCUUUUGCCAAGUUUUCUGCAGAACAAGCCUGAUUCAAGCAUGAGACGGUUUGAGUUUUAGCAGCAAUUUUGGAUGAAAAUAUUGAAAGCAACCUAAUGUCUUCCUGAUUAUUCAAGUAUGCAAGGCCGUUGUUGUAAUCUCUUCCUUUGUUAAUUGUACAUAGUAUAUAUUUGUUUGAGAAGGCGUCCUUAUACUGAAAAAACACAAAAUGGUAAAUUUUAGAUAGUACAUUUCCUUGCAUUUU